UAUUUUGCUACAGGCCAAUCACGUUACUGCUUUGCCUUCACCGCCCAUUAAUGGCAGACGCCGUCGGACGCAAGGUGUCGGACAUGCGGCAGUCGGGCGGCUUGUGUGAUCUUGUGUUGUGGUGGUGGUCAGGUCGCGUUUGUGGAGCCGCCGUGGUGGCCUUGUUGGUGUGCGACCUGGCACAAUGAAUCGACUACAGCGGACAGCGACGGUUACCUGACGAAGUUGUCGCCUGCUCGGGCUCAUCUUCACCGAGCCUCCGAAGAGGGCUUGCAGCGCGGGGUUCUCCGUGCGUGUGUGUGUUUGUUGACCCCCGCUAGGAGGAACAUGGCGGCGGGUUCUUCCGAAUUUCGGGACCUCCGGAGAAUCGCCGCUCUCUACUGCGUCGUCUUCGUUUUUGUAGUGUGCCUCGACUGUGUGCGUUGUGCCGCUGGCGGCGACGCCAAGCCCUCGAUAAAACUGUUCGGGAACAUUGGCAAGUUCGCGAACCGCUCGGGAGUGCACGAGUUUCUCAAGAGCAACUUGUUUCUCGCGUCGCUCGCCAAGGAGUCUUCGGUCGCCGCCGGGGCGGAAAGUGCGGCCUCGGAUCGACAAGAUGCGAUCGCGGACAGCAUAUAUCUGCAAGUGGAAGCGCGUUCGCUGGGAUCUCACCUUCGCAAGAUCAGCAACGAGGAGCUGGGUGUCACGGCUAUGCAGGGAAUCUAUGAUGAGCUGCCAUUCACCACUGACAACUUUGAUGCAGCCAAGCAGCUUGACGAGAUCGCUGACAAGCUGCAAAAGAAGCUGCUGUCAUAUGUGGCACUUCUGAACCGCAGCGCAGACGUUGUGGAGGAAGUCUACAGGUUUCGACAGCGGUACGCAUUUCCAGCGGUGAACCCAUGCUGCUUGAUGGAUCCGAGUGUGUUGAUGAUGGACAACCACUUUGGCACAGAGAUCACAAACUCAACGACUUGCGACACAGCGCCGCUCUCCCUACCCAAGGGUGUUUUCAGUCCUGGGCCCAACCUCACUGAUGUGUUCCGCAAGAACUUGGAGUCUCACCCAUCAAUCAAGUGGCAGUACUUCGUGUCUGCUGCUGGCAUCCACACAGAGUACCCCGCCUACAGCACCGUCAGGAAGUGGUCGUGCAGGCACGUCGACGACCUUCGGCACAGGGACAUCUACCUGGCCACGGUGCAGCCACACACAAAGCAUGUGGUCAUUGUGAUCGACCACGGCAACUCUCUGAGCCCCAAGCAGCUCGUCACAGCCAAGGCCGUUGCCAAGUACGUCCUGUCAACGUUGUCCCACCACGACAGGGUUGGUCUGAUUGGUCUGUCAGGAGAGCCAAAGUUUCCUCAGAGCGACAAGUGCCUGUCCAAAGAGAUGGCCUUUGCCACUUAUGAGACCAAGUACCACUUUGGUCGCUUCAUCGAUUCUCUCCAGAAAGCUCCUAAUUCCACCAACCACCGAGUCGGGUUCAGCAAGGCGUUCGAAAUGAUCCAGAAGAGUCUUCGGCCUUCCAAGAACAUUUCAAAGCAAGCUGAGGCGCUGAUUGUCUACGUUAGUCGGGGCCUGCUGUCGUCGAUUGCGGAUGCACGUCCGGUGUUGGAGACGAUUGCAAGUGGACACAGAAGUAGCGGCCAUCGGGUCGUCAUCAACACUUAUGCAGUCAUUGACGAUGGCAAGCCCAUCAUGUACGAGACAUCAUUUCUGAGGGACAUUGCUGAGCUCAAUUUCGUCAAGUACAAUGUGCCUGGCGUUCCGUCACCAGAGCUUAGGGGAGCCAUGGUGGCCAUCAACUCCACUGAGAACCUCAGCUUCACAAUGGGCCAGUUCUACUCUGCCUUGAGCUUUCACCGGCAUCCUACGUCAGUUCACUUCUCUUUGCCCUGGUUUGAUAACAUUAGCAAAGAUCUGGUGAUAAGCAUCAGCAAAGCAGUGGUUCACCACGGCGUUCUCUUGGGCGUCGCUGGUGUGGAUAUCUCAGUGUCGGACAUGGCUGAAGACAUCGUCUACUUUUCAAAGUCUCAGGAUGUCUAUAGCUUCCUUGUAGAAAAAUCAGGUGUGGCCAUUGUGCACCCAGCGUUGUCCAAGCCGUCGUCAGUGUCAGAGCAGCCAAUGCACACGGACAUCCUGCACUUGGAGAACAGGCCUGGGUUCCAUGCCGUUCGACAGGACCUUCUAAAUGGUUCUAGCGGUGAGAACAAGCUCACACUUGCAUCUGUGGUGGAAUCCCCCGAUCGUGCGACAAACCUGGUUGAAGCUGAGCCCGCUGAAGAACAGUUAUCUGAAGUUGUCUACCGCUGGACUAGGGUGGCUGGUACGCCCUACGUUGUUGCCAUUGUGAGCCUGAAGCCAAGCAGACAGCAACCAGUGUUGAGGGGCACCACAGCAGGCGAUGCACUGGGCGAAUUUUACUAUCACAGGCUCGAUCUCGUGUCUCCGCCUCAGCUCUGUCGGCACAUGAAGCAGCUCUCUACUCUAGCUGGCAGUACACUGUUCCUGUCUGCGGCCUGCUUCUUGUCGCCCUUCGAGUACCUAUCCCAGGAAGAGACCAAGUCCCGAGUGCAGGGUUACAUGGCCUACCUCAUAGACACCACCAUGCUGAUUGCAAACCCAGGACUCAAGCCGGAUGUGCGGGAUGAAGUGUUGGCAAUUGCCCGCAUCACUUCCGAGUGGAAGAGAACCUUCGAGAGCAGCGAGUUCACAAAGCAUGUGGUGCGAAGGUAUGCAGCAACAGCGUGUGGCGCGAUGGUGGCCUACCCCGGCACGGUGCUAGAACGCAGCUACGACCCAACCGAACGGGAAUGGUACACUCGCGCGCUUGAGCACCCCGGCAAGGUUGUGCUCACAGCCCCCUACCUGGACAUGGGAGGUGCCGGGUACAUAGUCACACUGAGCCACACCAUCUACCAGGCAAAACCGGAUGCACUGCACAGCCCUUCAGAUGCUGUUGUUGCCGUCAUUGGAAUGGACCUGACGCUGGGCUACUUCUACAAAUUGCUGACAGUCAACAUGGACAUCUGUGAACAGGACAAAAUAGCGUGCUUCAUUCUUGAUGACCGUGGGUACCUGAUCGCCCACCCGAGCCUCAUGGAGCCUACCCUCAGAGCUACAGGCUUGGAGCAGCAGCACAUCACACGCAAGGAGCCCCUUGUUGUCAGUGACAUCACCAAUCACAAAGGCUUUGUGAAGAAGAAAGAGUGUAACAACUAUGGGGACUGGACAGUGCAGCGCUUCUACAAGCUCAACACCAGUCUUGAGGGCAUCCUCACCAACUCGGUGCAUGGGGAACACUGUGCCAAAUAUCAGAUCACUGCCAUCCCUGGAACCAACGCCUUCCUGGGCAUCGUCAACCACACGUGUGACACUGUCAGGGCUUUCUGCCCGUGCAGCAUGGUUGACAGGCUCUGCCUCAACUGCCAUCGCAUGGAGCAGCGUGACUGUGAGUGCCCGUGCGAGUGUCCUCUGCAGAUGAACCUCUGCACUGGCGACCUGGCACACAAUGAAGACAGGAGUAGCAACUGCCCACGCUUUGCGAGGCCCCCGCAGCUGCCCAAGCUGGAGAGCUACCACUUCGACUUGCUGCUGCAGUGCUUCAACAGCGAGUGCAGUUCGAGGAUGAGUGAAAAGGAUUGUUCAGGCGUGCUGGGCUGUGAGUGGUGCUCUGUUGACAUGGAUGGGGAGACACCACUGAAGACACCCUUCUGCCACGAGCAGCCUAAGUGCUUUGGUGGUGUUUUGGGCGCCAGGACGCCUUAUGCAGACGAGAUAAUUGGUGCUCUCGAGGAAGAUUUCCCGUACAUCCGCAGCACUCCGCUCGGACCGGUGGCAGGUGGCAUGAUUGGAGCAUUUUGUCUGAUUGCCUUCCUGGUGUACUGCUACAAGAAUCGUGUUACACGGAGCUCGUCGAGCCAGUAUGCCCUGUCGUACCCAGCGGCACCUCUUCAGGGCGGCCAGGUUUUCCAUGACAUUGACGACUCGGACUUCCACACGAGUCCCAGUCCUGUGGGACCUCACAACCUCAGCCUAGCCGGCUGUACUUAUGACAACCGGGUGGUAGUGUCACCGUAUCGCGUCAACACCGCGUACCGCCGUCCGCCAGGCGGUGACAGCGACCAUGGCUACAGCACGAUGACGCCGCAUGAAGACUCCGAACAUCUACAGUAUUUCGAGCCCCUACUCACGAGCAAGGAGAAGGGGCGCUCGCCACCGGCACCACAGCCAUCGCUCAGCAGUCGGGCCUCCUCACCUGCACAGCAACAGCUGACGCAGUUUCCAGACCCUUCCAUCACUAGGCUUCCCAAGAACCCAGCAACCAUGGGGAGGCGAAACUCCUUCCAAGCCAGCGUAGAGGUGCACGCUGCAGCUGUGCGGUGAACACUCACAGUCACUUUCAUCACCAUGGCCGUGUGGUCUUGGAGAAACUGUUUUACUGCCAAGAAGGUGUGAUGUACUGACUCUUAGACGCUGGCGCCACCGCCACUAGUUAUCUCAGAGGAGGUGACACUUGCCAGUCCUUGUGGAGUGAUUGCGUUCCCACGCCCUCUAUCACAUGCGGGCUGCACGCAUCAACACGGGUGCGGAAGACACCACUUCACUGCCAAGGGGGUGCACGUGGUCUCAAUGGACAUCGGUGUCAAUGUUGUGGGUAGUUAUUACCUCACAGGUGUUUUGUGUUGGGGACGCCCAUGCACUCGGAGGUCCAGGGUGGUUGAGCGUUCGUCGUGGUUGAUUCACCAUAUCAUGAAAACUUUGAUUUCACUUUUCACCACGUGGUAGGCUAGAAAGAAACGGAGAUGUGAGCUCUCUUUAUUUUUAUUUUUGUCAGACUCGCUGCUCUCCGCAAUGAGGUGUCGCUCGUUUCAUCGAUUCAUUGUGUAUACUACGUCACACUACGCUUCACCUGGGCUGAGCGCACUGGAAGUGCCGACAAUGCUGCAGUUUUCAGUGUUCUGCGCAGCAGGACAGCUAGCUGCUCUAUUCACAAAUUUGUGUAGCUUCAUCCAUCAAAUUACUGGAUGGAACUGAAAGUGAAGUCUUUGGAGGCUUACGAAAAACAAAAAAUGCAAGUAGGGCAACAAUCGGUGAUUUUCCUGGUGAGUGGAUGGCUUUUAUCUGCUGACAGUGCAAGCAUGACAUCAUCUAUUCAUUGCAGUAUUGUGCACGAUAAAUGCAGGUGUGUGUUUUGCUAAACUACCGUACUUUUGCAUGUACAACCCGCGCGCAAAACUUCUUUCAUUUAGCAGUAAAGUCCAGGGUGAGUUAUAUGCAAAUUUUGCCUGGAGGUGGGGCUUCACGGCAGCCCUAGUUAUAUGCAAAUUUUGCCUGGAGGUGUGGCUUCAAGGCAGUGCGGCGUGUGCUUCCGUGAAGCCACACCUCAAAGCAAGGUUCUCUGCCAUUCAAAGUUUUAUCUCAUAGGGAAUGCCACCCCUGCACGUUGAAGCUCCCUUCUCCCCUCCUUCAUGGCUGCCCAAUCUCCUCCUUACGGGUCACCAUUUUGAGUUUAGUAGUUAGCGAAUCAUGGAGGAAGGAAAACAAAGCUUCCUUUAUGACGAAUAGUGCACACGGCGUAAGAAAAAAUCAUGAUUUGAAUAUCUGUAUUGAAUGCGUACAAUGUGAUCAUGUCACCUGUUCCCACAGUGUACCCUCGGUCUGUGCGAAGCGCUUCGCGAUGUGGCAGAGAGCCAGAUUGGUGAACGUUGGGAUUUUCAGCUCCGUCGCCGUUACCCUUGCAAGGACUGCUCUGUCUGCACUUUAUGUAAAUGCUAGCUGGAAAGGUAUCCCGAUUCACAUCACAUGUCAUGUGACUGAUUCAUUCACGAUCACGUCCGUUGUGUGAAUAUAGUUUUAUCAGCAUCACUGAAGAGGAGGGGGAAUAGAGCCGCUGCCCGAAGAUACGACGUGGACGAGUCAUGCAUCCGCGAAUAGAGACUUUUUGAAAAGGUUUGAGCGUUGUUGUUUGCAGUUAUUGCUGCGGGUUAUAUGCACGGAUUUUUUCUCCUUUUGUUUAGGGGGGGCUGUUGUAAUUAGGGGCAUGGGCGUUAUGCGCAAAAAUACAGUAUAUAGCUGCAUCCCAUGACUUGUAAAUGGUACCAGGUGAGAAGAAAGGCAAGCUCAUGCAUAGUGAGCAAAACUGCUGCCAAAGCAAACAUGAAAGUUAUUCAGCGUUGCACGGUUCCAUGGUGGCAAAUACCAUUGCGUAGUGACGUGUUAAUCGACAAAUGUAUACAGGGUAGUCCAGUAUGAAAGGGAACAGGGACUCCUUAUUGUUACUUGGUGAAUGAUUACUUUAGAAAUGCGAUGUCAGACAUUGCCAGUGCUUGCCAUGAAGCUUACCUGUUGAUGGGAGUGGCCUUAUUGUAUUUGGAUUUAUUGGCAAGAAACAUAGAAAAUUUAUGGUCUGGAUGUAAAUUAAGUGUUCCCUUUCACAUUGGUCCUGCCUGUAAGGUGGAGAAACACGCGGGGUGCUAAGCACCUUCAUUUUUUUUUUUUCUUUUGUCGCUGUGAUAUGAUGUCAGUGCAGAAAACUUGCAUGAACUUUGCCAGUAUCGUUUGCAUGCAACACAGUUCUUCCUGAUUUACAACAUCAGCAAAGGUUUUUGUAUGGCGGCGUUAUCACUUGUGGCAUAGCCAACAGAGAUGGCAGUCCGCAUGGAGUGACGUGUGCGUAUGACCUCGUGGACUGAAUUAAUUAGCACAGUUACCACAAACUCCACUGGCACAAGUUUUCUUGAAAUACUAAAUUGAUACUUGAUGGCAGGUUUGCCAAAGUUCUCGGUUGUAUAGAUUCAGAGUGGUGCGUAGCGAAUGAGAGACAGAUAGCCAAUUCUAUCCCCCCUCUCUUUGCCUAUAUCCGUGUAGGACCGGACUAGGUGCUUUUAUAUGCCGUGCAUCGUAAUGUCCUAUUUGUUUACAAAUAUGCAGCUUGCCUAUUGGUGUGGCUAGGUAGGCCCAACUUUGUUGUAAGAAUGAAGCCUGUACUCGGGCCAGCAUUAGUCGUCGUCUUGCUAGCAAAAGCCCCGACUAUAUUGCGCACUGAUGCAAAAGACCUUAGAAGAGAAGCAAACUGCACGCUGCUCUGGCUUGUCAUUGUUGUGUUGCCCUACUGCUACACAGCCUUGUGUGCACUUGCUUGGCAAACAGAGCACAAGCACACGCUUUGUGAUGUCAUCCUGACAGCUUGGGCCUUUGCCAAGGGCUCCGAGCGUCACUGCCGACAUGUCGCCGACGUUACAACAACCCUGCCUGUGGGUUAAACCAGACACAUUUCCGAGGUGCUUCCCUCAUGAUUUUUUGGUUGCUGGGCAACCACGUUUGUUUUUAUGAAUUUUUGUCAGCAGUUUCUAUUUCCGAGUGCAUAGGGAAUGGUGCGAAUUCACGUAUUCAAAAGCGGGUCCUUGUGUGUAAAGUUUCUGCGGAGCUACGUUUUGAGGGUGUCUUUAUGGCAGUAGCUGCAUCUAUCCUUAUCUUCACUUUACGGAAGCGCUGUGCGCUCAAGUCUUACACCCUGUAACACCAGCAUAUAUUGUACAUUGUGCCACAAUUUUGCCUAGCACACUUCACAUUUUAGAAGAGUUGGAAGGGCACUAAGGUUUUCCGUCUGUUUUUGUCAUGGUGUGCUAGUGCUAUCACUUCAGAUACAACCAUACCAGUGCAAUCAGUUCACAUUGCGACUUCAUACCGAUUUUGACUUGUCUGUAUCGUGUAUGAUACAAGGGGUAUUGCAGAGUUAAAUUUUAAGCACACUUACUUGUUUGACUGGCAGUGCAAAUACAGUUAUCGUGACAUGCUCGAACAUUAACAAAAUUUUUUUAGUCGUGAAAAAGCAUCACACGGUCUGCCUCAAACAAAUUUGCUUGUGCCAUACACGCCAAACAAGAUAAGAGCUUGGCAUAGCCAAGCAUGGUGCUCACUCUGGGUUUCAGCCGGCACCUUUCUGUGGUGGUGGCAGUGUACGAGAAUUAAACAUGAUAUUAGCUUUUCGUUGCUCAAUCCAUGGCAUUCAGGUACAUUUUCCUUUAAUGAGUACCAGUGGCUAAACCACAAGAACAGCACAGUGAAAAAAAUAGUUCAUAGGUUCAUUAUUUUCAUGCUGCAUAGUUCUAGUACAGCAGUAGGUUGAAAGGCUGGGCCACAAUUUUGUAGCAAUGCCUGUUCCAACGGUAUUCUUUUCGCACUUAAUCAGUAAUCUUAGCGACAUUCUGCCCGCUCGAAUUAUCAGUGGGAUCAGCUGACCGUGAACAGUGCAUGAUGAGAGUGGCAUAGAAUCAAGUGGAAAGCAUCACUAAAAAAUCGCGGCCCUGAAUGCCAUGUAGUCAGCAGAUGCAUGUAGGUUCAUUCGGAUGGGUGUCAACAUCGUACUAGAGUGGAAUUAUCACCAAAAGUAAUGUAAUAAGAUAUCAGUACAGUUGUGCUAAGACUGAAUUCUCAGACGAGCUCAACAAUUCUUUGGGGACCACCAUUUAAUUUCCUGCAGAUUGAUUAUGGUUUUGUCACACUUAACAGAUAGAUUUCCAAGGUCCCUUUCCAGCUCGUCUUAGAGAGGAAAUUCACUCUGCGACCCCUGGUUCCUUGCAAGGCCUAGCAAAACUGACAGUGUAUGCCCUUGGAGUCUGGGCACUGUUCUCAUUGUGCCUUGAGCACACCUUGAUAGAUGCUAGCCUCGUGCGUAUGGAUCGGAGCCCCCAGUUUGGCCCAGCCGCUUCCCUUACCUUCAGCUUCUUCUGCAGCUUAUUUUUACAUCUGUAUAUAGCUUGCUGUACAUAAUGAAAUGAUAUGCAAGACCGUGUUCCUUUGUGUUUGUCUGACCCUCUUGUCAUUUGUGCUCUGUAUAUACAAGUCUACUCAGGUUGACAGUGUCUGAAUGAUUUGUCUGUUGUGCCAACAUGAUUGCAGCUUUCGCUCGUUAUAGCUCCAUUUUUUAAAUUAUUUUGAGAAUGCUAACUGUUGCUGGGAUGUUGGUGCUCCCAAGGAUGGUCAGCUCUAUUGCUGGCGUCUUAUUUCAUUUUCUUGGACUCGUCCUGAAAGCAGAAUGCAGUGUUUUUUGUUUUUCUUUUAGGUAUAAAACAGAAUGAGAAGUCAAUGUGCAUGUGUGUGUGUGAGUAAAUUAUUGUAUGAAGAAGAUUGUAAUCAAGGCCCACGGUUUGCGCACUUUCUUCCCUUGCGAGCUACUGCGCAAAAGUAUGUGUGUUCUAUGCAAUGCAAACAACUCGUGUUGGGAUCCCCCUUGUCGAUAUUGUAAACUUCUUUCAGCACGCCUCUGAUGACUAUGCACAGACGUUCUUUUGUUACGCGUCGUUAGCGGGCUUCGAUUUCGGCAUGCGCAGUUGAUGUGUGCCUUUUUUUCGAAACACAUGGAUGUCGUUUCGAGGGAGACUUGUAGACUCGUUAGGCUACUCAUUAAGUUUAUCCCUGCCCAAAGCCUCUUGACUCUCCCCCAGAUACUAUUGAUGCUUUGUAUUUCAAGUUGAAGUGAACUUGUUAGUCAAAUGCAGUUCAGUGAUGCAAACCGAAGGCACAUGAUUUUGUUCAGCAUAGCAUAGUAGUGUUUUUGCUAUUGAAGUCUGGAAGAAUAAAGAACAAUCUAUGAACAAACCAACGCUUGCCUCUCUCUGCUUUCAGCAUUUAUUUUCAAUGAAGCAACAGCAAAAGCUAACACACAUACUCAACACGUCAAUAAUAUGCCUUCUUAUUUUAAAUUUCAAAAUCCUAAUUUCAUUACUAAGCCUUCCCCGAGAAAUCAAGGAGAAGACA